GCCUCGACUCUCGCGAGGAUGCUCCCGGCGCUCCCUUCUUCCCGAGGCGGGCUGUCACGUGACGCGGCCUCGCCCAAUCGCCGCGCGGGCUGCGGGGGUCGCCGCGGUUCCCGCCAAAUACGAGCUCGGCGGCCGCGGCAGCAGCGGCGCGGGCGGGAGGGCGAGCGGCAGUGGCCGCCUGAACGGAGCCCGCGCCUCCGCCGCCUGAGGGGAGCUCGAGCCGCCGCCGGGGCGAUGCUGGAGGAGCUGGAGUGCGGGGCGCCGGGCGCCAGGGGAGCGGCCGCAGCCAUGGAUUGCAAAGACAGACCAGCUUUUCCAGUCAAGAAGUUAAUACAAGCUCGCCUGCCCUUCAAGCGCCUGAACCUCGUCCCAAAGGAGAAAAGUGAGGACGCGUCGGAUGACACGAGGAGCCCUGAGGGUGCCCCUGCACAAAGCCGAGUCCCUCAUCUAGAGACCUCUUUGGACAACUUGGAGAACAGCUGUCAUAUGGGUUCUGACAUAGAUUUUAAUCCAAAACUUGUCAAUGGGAAGGGUCCCUUAGAUAACUUUUUAAGUACAGUCAAAACCAGUAUUGACCAGACCACGGUCAUCACCGGUUUGACGGAGGACUCGAGUGACCAGCUAGAUGGCGUCGCGGCCCUUAGUAAACUAAAGCCUGCCGCCUCUCCCUCCGAGGAGGCCGUGAGUGGGGCCGGGGAAGAAGCUGGAGGUGAGAGGGGGCUGCCGGAGGCCAGUCUGAAGGACAAGCUGACGUGUCCUGAAGAGACCCUUUCAGACAUUCCAUGCAAAGCAGAGGAGGAGGGUGCUGUUUCCAGAGGUGCAGAGAGGAGUGGAGAGGGGCAGGAAGGCUCGCUCCAGAGCUGCCCCGAGCUGACAGGUGGUCUGAGAACAUGCUCCGAGAAGGACCAGGACGGUUGGAGUGAAGCCAGGGGCAUCCUGUUCAAAGGGAAGGUGCCCGUGGUGGUCUUGGAGGACAUACUGGCUGCAAAACCUCCCCGAACCAAGUCUCCUCCCACGCCACCUGCAGACCAGGGCUCGCCCUCUGAUAGCGAGAUGCUGGAGUCCGGCCCCGAGGAAGACUCUGUUCUUAGCCACUCGUCCGGGGGUUCUUCCUCUCCUACCAGCUCACCCGAGGGGCAGUCUGCUCCCAAAAGGCAUCCCAGCAGUCCCGGACCCUUCCCCACCUCCACACCCAUCCGCAGAAUAACUAAGAAACUGGUCAAAGCUUCUGCAGAGAAGGACAAGCUCAGACUGCAAAGAGACAGGGAGCGUCUGGGCAAGCAGCUCAAGCUACGGGCAGAGAAAGAAGAAAAGGAGAAGCUGAAGGAGGAGGCCAAGCGGGCCAAGGAAGAAGCCAAGAAGAAGAAGGAGGAAGAGAAGGAGCUGAAGGAGAAGGAGAGGCGUGAGAAACGGGAGAAGGACGAGAAGGAGAAGGCGGAGAAGCAGAGGCUCAAGGAGGAGCGGCGCAAGGAGCGACAGGAGGCACUGGAGUGCGUGUGCCCUGGGGGGGGGGGGGGGCGGCGCUGGGGGCGGGAGCGUGCACCCCCAGGCCGCCUGGGACCCUGGAGCGGCCUCUGGCGAGCUCAGGCUGGCUUGGUGUGCAACCGUGCCUCUGGGCUGAAGCUGUGUCUCACGUCUCCCAGGGCGAAGCUGGAGGAGAAGAGGAAAAAGGAAGAGGAGAAACGGUUGCGGGAAGAGGAGAAGCGCAUUAAAGCAGAGAAGGCUGAAAUCACGAGGUUCUUUCAGAAACCAAAGACCCCACAGGCCCCCAAGACCCUGGCCGGCUCUUGCGGGAAGUUUGCCCCCUUUGAAAUUAAAGAGCACAUGGUCCUUGCCCCUCGGUUUCGGACCGCCUUCGACCAGGACCUCUGUGAUCAGUUGGACCAGCUCCUCCGGCAGCAGAACGGCGAGUUCUCCUUCCUGAAGGAUCUGAAAGGCCGGCAGCCCCUCAGGUCCGGACCCACCGUGGUUUCCAGCCGAAACACAGACACCUGUAACAGCGAUGUGGUGAUCGUGGAGAGCGGCAAGGUCGAUGGCGUUCCCGAAAGGAAGAAAUUUGGCAGGAUGAAGCUCCUGCAGUUUUCCGAGAAUCACCGACCGGCGUACUGGGGCACGUGGAAUAAGAAGACGACCGUCAUCCACCCGCGGGACCCCUGGGCGCAAGACAGGAAGCUCCUGGACUACGAGGUGGACAGCGACGAGGAGUGGGAGGAGGAAGAGCCGGGAGAGUCCCUGUCCCACAGUGAGGGGGAUGAUGACGACGAAGUGGGAGACGAUGAAGAUGAGGACGAUGGCUUCUUCGUGCCCCACGGGUACCUGUCUGAGGACGAGGGGGUCACCGAGGAGUGUGCCGACCCAGAGAACCACAAGGUUCGCCAGAAACUGAAGGCCAAAGAGUGGGACGAGUUUCUGGCCAAGGGGAAGAGGUUCCGCGUGCUCCAGCCUGUGAAGAUCGGCUGCGUCUGGGCGGCCGACAAGGACGGAGGCGCUGACCUGAAGGUGCUCCAGCAGUUCACGGCGUGCCUCCUGGAGACGGUCCCCUCGGAGGAGGAGCAGACGCCCAAGGCCUCCAAACGAGAGAAGAGGGACCAGCAGAUCUUGGCCCAGCUGCUCCCGCUGCUGCACGGGAACGUGAACGGAAGCAAGGUGAUCAUCCGGGAGUUCCAGGAGUGCUGCCGCCGAGGGCUGCUCGGCAAGGACACGGGCAGUCCCGACAGCAGCUCCGCCAGCCCGCCGAGCCCCGGCUCUUCCCGCCCACAGACCCCCACCAGCAGCGAGGAUGCCGCCGUCCCCUCCAAGGCCAGGCUCAAGCGGAUCAUCUCUGAGAACUCGGUGUACGAGAAGAGGCCUGACUUCAGGAUGUGCUGGUACGUCCACCCGCAGGUGCUGAAGAGCUUUGACCAGGAGCACCUGCCCGUGCCGUGCCAGUGGAGUUACGUCACCGUGGUGCCCUCGGCCGCCAGGGAGGACAGUGGCGGCAUCCCGGCCGCGGGGCCCGGCCAGGGGACGCCCGUGUCGCUGAAGAGGAAGUCCGCGGGCAGCAUGUGCAUCACCCAGUUCAUGAAGAAGCGCAGGCACGACGGGCAGGUUGGAGCUGGGGACCUGGAUGGGUUCCAGGCAGACACGGAGGAGGAGGAAGAGGAGGACGGCGACUGUGUGAUCCUGGACAUCUCGGAUGUUGGGGAGGCCCAGGCCCCGUGUGGAACCGCUUCCGGAGCUGGGGGGUCCGUGGGGAUGGACAGCAGCGAGAGUCCCCCGCCCGCCAGCUCGCUCGGCCCCUGCUGAGUGCCCCACCGGCCCGGUGCGUGCGUGUAGGAUGGUUUAGGGAUUCACAAACGCCUCUCGGAUACUUGAAAGUCCUGCGAGUCUGUGUGAAGAGCACUUUGUCCUGCUUCGCAGACCUCCCCUGAGGUCUGGAAAGUUUUAUAUAGGAUGCUUGAUUGGUUCCUUUUGAUACGUGUAAAAAUGUUCCCCCCAAAGGCUGCAUAUUAAUCUGCCCUUUAAUAAAGCAUUAUCGCGAUGUGAGGACCUGUACAGGGAAAGCCUGGUCGCGCCCUGCGGGCCCCGGAGCAGGCACUGUGAUGAAAUGCUUGUAAAUGAGUUGGAGCCCGCUGCGGCUCCCAGACCCCAUGUGGGUGUGUAUAAACUUAUUGUCCAGCCCUGA